AUGGCAGAUGGGAUUGAUAUCGCAACCCCUGCAGUGAAUGCAGGAAACCCUUCUACUGCAGCUUCGAAUGCGGACAAAGCACUGUCAACGAAGAGAAAGGUUACACCAGGAGAAAUAAUCAAGCUAUCCAAACUCCUACCUCACGGGAAGUACAACGAGCUAGGUGUACAUUUGGGUUUUGACUUCAACUACAUGCAGACGAAAUUGAAGAAACAUUUAAAUGACACAAACGAAGCAAUUGAACAUAUAUUAAAUGAAUGGGCUGAUAAACGUGAAGGUGGAUUUAUUGACGAUCUAGAUAAGGCUCUGGAUAAGGCAGAAGUGGGAGCUCUCAUUGAUAAAUAUAAAAACUAAUUAGCACGUUAUUCGUGAACAAUUUGCAACAAGUUAGUUUGACACUACGUCUGAGGAAAAGAUGUUAAAGGAGAGAUAAUUUGCACUAUUACACCUUUGAGUUCGAGUCCUGUCUUUUCUGUGAGUGGUGUUAGCAACAGCAUGACGUCGCCGUUGUUCAGGCCGCUAGCAAUCGCUUUCUGAAGACAAGAAAAUGGUUCAAGCAUUGUCUAGAAAAGGGUUAUGCAUAUGAAAUAAAGCAAUUUCGUUCUUAAUAAUGUUUCCACUACCCGAUUCUUUGGUGUCCUUAUUGACGACAAAGGAUCCUGGAAGCCUCGUAUCGAUAAUAUAUGUAAAACUAUUUCUAGAAACAUUGGAAUUAUUGAUAAACUCAAACAUUUUCUCCCUUCUCGCCCUUUGUUAACAUUAUAUUACACCCUUAUCCUAUCAUAUAUUUAGCAAUUUUGGUCUUAAUAAUGUUCUCCCUUCGUUCUUAAUAAUGUUCUCUCUUUCGUAUUUAAUAAUUUUCUCCCUUCCCGUACUUUGUUAGCAUUACAUUACACCCUUAUCCUACCAUAUAUAAAGCAAUUUCAUUCCUAAUAAUGUUUCCACUACCAGAUUCUUUGGUGUCCUUAUUGACGAUAAAGGAUCCUGGAAGCCUCAUAUCGAUAGUAUAUGUAAAACAAUUUCUAGAAACAUUGGAAUUGUUAAUAAACUCAAACAUUGUUAACAU